UCGAACGUCCCCGAGCGCACACGGCGUAAAGGAGAGUCUGUGGAAGGGACAUAACGGUUUUCUUUUCGGCCCCCCUCUCCACUCAGACAACAAGAACCAACUAAAACCUGAAUUUCAGAGGGGUUUACACAAUCUUUUUCUGCUCUAAAGGGGGAGGGAAGCGAGGGAUUGGAGCAGCAAGUUCUUUUUUUCUUUUUUCCCUUUUUCUCUUUUUCUAAAAAAGAGGAUUUUGUGUUUUCACGGUGGUUCACUCUUCGCUCUCGCCGCAAAGAUGAUGGUCGGAGAGGUCGAAGUGAAGGAGCGACCGAGGCCGAGUCCAGACUAUUUGAUGCAAUUAUUAAACGAAAAGAAGCUUAUGACCAGUUUGCAUCUCUGCGGAAUCUUCACGCACCUGGAGCGGCUUCUGGAUGAAGAGAUCAACAGAGUGCGUAAAGAUAUGUACAGCGACUCAGUGAACGGCCUUGUGGACAAACACCCGCUGGAGCUGCCUGAACCCAUCGGACCCAUCGUUCACCUGCAGGAGAAACUGUUUGUGCCUGUCAAAGAGUACCCAGACUAUAACUUUGUGGGAAGAAUCCUUGGUCCCCGGGGACUCACUGCCAAACAGCUGGAAGCAGAGACGGGAUGCAAAAUCAUGGUGCGGGGAAAGAGCUCCAUGAGAGACAAGAAGAAGGAGGAGCAGAACAGAGGGAAGCCAAACUGGGAACACCUAAAUGAAGACCUUCACGUCCUAAUCACAGUUGAAGACUCACAGAACAGAGCUGAGAUCAAGAUGAGAAGAGCGGUAGAGGAAGUCAAGAAGCUCCUUGUACCUGCUGCUGAGGGGGAAGACAAUUUGAAGAAGAUGCAGCUGAUGGAGCUGGCUAUACUCAACGGGACGUACAGAGACAACAACGUCAAAACACCCCCCCUUGCGUUCUCUCUUGCAGCAGCGGCAGCGGCCGCUCAGGGCCCUCGCCUCAUAGCAGCCCCCGCAGGUCAGGUGUUGCAGCCACCGACACUCCGGCCCCCGACGCCGGGCGGGGCACCCAUCAUGAACCUCAUAAGGCCCACUCAGAUGGCUGCCAUGCUGUCCAAUGGCACCCCCACCUUGGUGCCUCCCACACCGGACGGCGGACUAAUCUACACCACCCCUUACGACUACCCCUACGCCUUGGCACCCACCUCGUUGCUGGAGUACCCCAUCGAGCACAGUGGGGUUCUAGGUAAGAGAGCCUGGGGAAGCUUGGGUACAGCGGCCAACUUUAGCCAGCCCGGACAGGAGGGCAGCUUUUUUUACCCCGGCAUCGGGUUACUGGACGCAGCUUCCAUGAGCCACAAUCAGGACUUGUUGAAAGGUGCAAUGGCUACUAAAGUGAGACGGCAUGACACGCGGGUCCAUCCUUACCAAAGGAUUGUGACCGCUGACAGAGCCGCCACCGGCAACUAACACAUGACCUUCUGACCUCUGAACUCUUCACCCAAUGACGAGCCGCCCCAAGCCUGCCUGCUGAUCAGUUAACUGGUAAUUGCCUUUUGCUAGCCUCUUGGACGCAAGUGGCAGAGAGAGAGGCGCCUGCCCGUACAGUUACCCUAACACGUUCUGACAAAAGAUAGAAACCAACGCAGAAUCUUCACUGAAACGCAACAAAAACAAAACAAAAAAAACAACCAACACAGCUGUGGAUUAUUCAUUUUUCUCCUCUGUUCAUUAGUUCAGUUCCCAUUCUUUCUCUUUCUUUUUCUUCAUGAAUCAUGCACCGGGUGGAUCUGUUUGUCAUAUUACUCAUGAAUCUGCACUGAAUUAUAAAGCAAUAAAGACCCCACCCCACCCGCCCCAAACACCCGCCGACCUGCCUGUAAAUGUUCUGAUUAGGUGACCUCACUCGUUCUCCAUCUGCAGUCUGAGACAAACCGUUUCUGGUUUCAGAGUGACGACAUGAUCACCCCCAAAUUGCCCCAAAACCUUUCGUGUUAGAACACCCCGCCCACCCUCACCCAGUUCAGACCCCCGCCUGCAGCAGCGGACAGAGAAACAGAAGGAACGGGAACAGUCACUUGCAUUAACGUGUUUAAUUUCUGUCAUUUUUUUGCCCCUCCCCUCCUUCCCAACAUGUAUUUCAGUUGUUGAGCUUGUAAUUAUGAGCUGACACAUUCUGGGUGUGCCCCUCUAAAAGGCUUUCUGUCUGGUUUUUUUUUUGUUUGUUUUGUUUUUUUAAAGCAUGGCUUAAAUGAUUGCUAAGUGAGCUUUUUUUAUGAUUUGUGUUUUUUUCUGUCUUGAUUUAAUGCUUUUCACUUUAUUGUUUUUUAUUUUUUGGUUCAGAUUGGACUAAUUAGCUUCAGUAGCUGAAACAAAGCAGGUGGUUAUCUCUGAAAGUCAGGACAGAGUUUAGUGUUUGAGGCUGAAAAUGAAAGGCGUGACGGGAGGGUUAGUGUUUGGGUUGAUGGGUCUGUGUGUGUGUGUGCGUGUGUGUGUGUUUUGAUUAAUACUACAAUGAAAGUGGAGUGUGCUGAGGCUUUGGGGCCAUGGGCCCCUUUCACACUACAUCCACUAUCCAGUGCCUGAUGUAUUUUAGAAGAAUAUCUCGAUGAGUUAGCUGAGCUGUGAUCACAAAGAUUAAGAAAAGAAAAAAAAAAGUAUUGUGUGCAUAUUUAGCCAAAGGGUUUUCAGUGAAUGAUAUAUCUGCAGUUAUGCAUCUGUCUCGCAGAGGGCUCUCUUUGUGAUUUUUAAAGUUUUGGUUUUCUGCCUUCAGCUGGAGCAGACAGAUUUCUGACCCUUUACCCCUCAGUUUUAUGUCUUCUUAUCUUCCUGAGGUGUAAACAGGCGAUUAACACUAAAAUUACAUGCUACCAUUACAGUAAUGCUCGUUUAGUGCUAGGCGAAAAGACACUCAUGACAAACAAGAGGUUUUUUUUUUUUUUCUACUGUAGAAUUUUGGCCUAUUUUAGCAGAUUUAUUCCUCCUACAGUGGAUGUUCUGUUCCUUUUAGUUUUCUAUUUAGUUAUAUUGUUUUGUUCUCUGUCUGUGUGUAUAAGUUGGGGCAUGAGGUCGACAUAAUCCUGACCUUUCUGCAUAUUAUCCUUUGAGUUAUUUUACUAAUGAAACCUAACAUAUGCCAAACCAUUCAAAGUGCAUCCACAAUGUGUCACACCUCCCUCUGAUGGUAGUCCAGCUCUGAGCCCACAAUCCUUUGUUCAAAUCUCAAGAAAAAAUAGGAUGUGAAAGCCAUGCCUGCCUGUUCAAAUUGCUUUAUACAUACGUCUUAUAUAUAUCUAUAAAUAUCUAUAAAUAUAUAAAAAUGUAGAUACCUGUCAAUGCAUAUAAAAUUACAGAAGAGAACAAAAAUAGAGAAUUUUACAGGGUGCUGGAGAUGAGAAAAAAUAGUUUAAAAUCUAUUUUUGGCAAUUUUAGCUUUUGAUACUUUACUUGCAGUUAUAAAAUAAUAAUGAAAAAGAUACAAAAAAAAUGUUUAGAAGGAAAACAGAACGUAAGUGGGGAAAAGUGCUGUUUCCUGGAAAGUAAUCGGAAAAUGAAGACCAGAACCGGCGAGAUCCGAGCGAGAGACGCCUAAAUGGGUCAAAUCAAAGUGCCUUAUCAACAGUGGUUUCUGUUUUUUAGUAUUCCAGUUGUGUUUUUAGAAAAAAAAAAAAAAAGAUAUCCAGCACCCACCAAGA